AUGACGUUAUGGGGGAAGCCAAUUAAAACAGAAAGCCUGCGAAAAUUUAAUAAACUUUACAAAGAAUAUAAAACUCUACACCCAGUAAAUAAAUCUCUAGAAUCACCAAGAAAUGAAAAGAAAGUAUCUGAAUAUGAUGAGGAUGAAGACUUAAUAGACUUUGAGAAACUGUAUGAAUGCUCCUCGACUUCAUUUGGAUCUUGUCAUCAAGGCUUAGUUAUUGACGAGUUGGAGGAUUCUUUUAAAAGUAAUACAAAAUCAAAUGGAAGUCUACAUCGAUUUACACACUUUAUACUAUCAUUUACAAAUGAGAAGUUUGCGAAGAAUAUUGAAUCCGAAUCGUCAGUAAUAGGAGCAGUGCAGUUGUAUGGAGACACUAUGACAAAAUUUAGCGACAGCUGUCAAAAUGCUAUAAUUCAAGCAGAUUCCCAACCAAAAACUGAAAUUCAAAUCCUGUGGAUGGCACCAUCGAAAGUAAAUGGUUGCAUUAAAAUCAGAGCUACUGUAGUAGAGUCUGUAGAUGUAUGGUUCAGUGAAAAUGGAGAAUUAACAAAAAUUCUGUGUGCCGAAUCACCAGACAGUGAUGACAUUCAACCAAAAAUACUAAAACAUUGUUGUACUUGCGAUGAGGCCAAAUAUGAGAGUGAUCACAUUCGAACAAUAAUCAAAGCCAGAGGAGUAAGCUACCCAAAUAUUACAGGAAAAACGUUCGCUGUGUUUAGAGUUGAUAAUCGACAUCAUUUAAUGUCUAUGGUUUCAAUGAUAGAUCCAUCUCCUGAUUGGAUUGUUGGGGUUUCUGGUUUGGAGCUGUGCCUUAGAAACUGCACUUGGAUCGAAUCCAAAGUACUUAACUUAUAUCCUUGGGAUAUUGGUACAGAUGAUGGACUAACAUAUUUGUCGCCAGAUCAACCAUCGUCCCCUCGGCAACAAAUUAGAAGAUUAAAAACCAAUUUUCCGACAGAUCCUAGAUCACCAUUUUACGAUAACACUGGUCAAUCAAUGAAACCUUUUGCUCGCUUAACAAUUUCCCGACAAAGACUUUAUGAAAAAAUAUGUGAUUCCGCAGCUAUGGACGAUGUAGAUGAUAAUUCCAAUAAUUGUGAAACAGAACCUUGGUCGGAUUGGUCACCAUGUUCAGUUACUUGUGGAAGGGGUAAAUACAUGCUUAACAUUUAA